AUGGUAACUCAUUCUACAGCUAUUGGACAAAGGAUGAAAAAAAUAUUUAUAUUUCCAGAUAAAGUAGAGGUGAUUACGAAUGGAGAAUAUGGGUUUUCAGUCAAUGGCAAUCUCAUUCCAAUGCAACGAGAAGGAAAGAAUUUAGUUUGUUUUACAGAUAUUGGUAAAUGGACAGUAUCAACAGGUACAGCUAGAUCGAUGGGUCUAGAUACACAACUCUACUUGAACGAUAGAAAUGUUGAAACCAAUGAACCUUACUAUCCAAGCUAUAAAUCAAUGGUCAAGGUAUACCUAUUUUUUAUAUUUCUACUAUUUCUAUUGGGACCUGCUUGUAUUGUAGCUAUCGUAGCUGCCUAUAUAGAUAGAACCGUCAAUGUCUCUUAUCCCAAAACAGAUACACCCAUCCAAACCACUGCUGUCCCAACCAUUGAAAAUAUGGCCAUCAUAAUCGAUAAUCCAAACUCACAAUCAUCUCCAAUGUGUUAUGACAUUACACAAGAUCAAGAAAAUCAUCCAACUUUUUCUUCUUAUUAUCCAACCAAACUUUUUUAUCCUCCUCCUGACCCAUACCCAAUUGAUCCACCUUCAUUUCAACAACAACAACAACCACAACAACUAACUGUUGAAGUGACCGAUUAA